AUGGCUCCAAAGACUUUACAAUCUGAGCUAGAACAAAUUACCUGCCAACUUGCGGAGAAGCAUUGGCCUGGUAGUGGAAUCACUACCGUUCGAUGGAAGAUUGGAGGAUACAAUGUGACUUAUCACGUCACGUAUGAUGAUGGCUUCAAGCCAUUGUCGAUCGCUCUAUCGCACCUAGAAGGUGGAAAACGAGGCUGUUGCAUUCCAAUAACUCCGCAAGCAUACCAAGAUUCCAGUUCCACGGCCAUUGGCGUUGGAAAAAUUGCUCUUGCACCGUAUAUUGUGGAAGAAUUUGUGGAGGGGGAUCUCGUUUCUGGUUUUUUUAUGGACUCUAGGAUAGAGCUACGGGACUUACAUUUUCUCUUGGCUCUUAAGUCGGCACAGUCUGCUACCACUUUGAUACCAUGCAAUAAAAAUAUUCUCAGCUCUGGAUAA